CCUACUCGUUUUUAUUGUAUACAAACUUAAAAAUUACAUGACCUGUACCUACAUACAUACAUAUUUUUUAUGAAUAUAUAUAUUUAAAUCGUCAAAAUAUAAUCCGCCAUGCUUUCGAUUACGCGAUGCUUACACCUGUCGCAGCUUUUGCUUCAUCCCGCUCUACCCCCCAAGUUUCCGUACCCCUUCCUCGGCGAGCUCGAGCUUAUGGGAGCAGUUAGAUCAGCGCUCAGACCAAAAAUCGUCGACAUGUCUUCCAAGCAAGCGAAAUUCGUCGAGAAUACGGUGGCCAGCAACAAGGUGGUUAUCUUCAGCAAGACCUACUGUCCCUACUGCACCAUGGCCAAGGAGCCUUUCCGAAAGCUGAACGUGGAGGCGACAAUCAUAGAGCUGGACGGUAAUCCGGAAGGGAAUGAGAUUCAGGAGGUCCUGGGCGAGAUCACGGGCGCCAGGACGGUGCCCCGCGUCUUCAUCGAUGGCAAAUUCAUUGGCGGCGGCACAGACAUCAAGCGAAUGUUUGAAACGGGAGCCUUGCAAAAGUACUUUCAGUGAAUGUAGCGAUCCUUAAGCAUACCCAGCUACUUUUUGUGUAUGUACCAAAAAAUUAGAGCACAUUUUUUUCUAGUUAAAUGUUCAAAGUCCUAAAAAACUUAUUUGAAAAUGCUAAAUAAAUUCUUUUCAAUUGUAAAA